CACACACACGUGAUAAUGAUUAAACGGGGUGCCAAACCUCGCAUAUCCCUUCUUAUCUCAUCUCCAAGAUCAAACGCAUCAUUGGCACUUGGGUUAGAGUGUGCUUUUAUCAUUAAAGGGAUCAGUUUUUUUUCAGUGUCCUACAGCACAAUGUUAUGGAAAACAAAUCGUGCUGUGUGGAGAGCAUGGAGGUCAUGGAAGUCAAGCCCACACUCUUCUACAGCUUGUGCAUCUUCUGGUCCUGGUCCCCUUGACAGAUCUGAAGAACUGUCUUCUGUUUUAACCCCAAAACCUCCUCACACACCUGUCAUGCUUAAAGAGGUGCUUCAUUACUUAGACGUCCAGCCAGGUCAGGUGGUCCUGGACUUGACAUUUGGAGGAGGUGGUCACACCAAAGCAUUACUGAAUAUGGUUCAUGACGUCACAGUCCUGGCCUUGGACCGAGAUCCUGCAGCCAUCUCUCUGGCCCGGCAGUUAGCCAAGGAACACUCCGGUCGCGUGAAACCAUUGCUUGGCCGAUUCAGUGAGCUUGAAGCCCUGCUGUCCAGCAUGAACAUUAAGCCAGGCAGCAUUGAUGCUGUCCUGUUGGAUGCUGGCUGCUCCUCCAUGCAGAUGGACCAGGCGCAGAGAGGCUUCGCCCUCAGCAAGGACGGGCCCCUGGACAUGAGAAUGGAUGGAGACAGGUACCCCGACAUGCCCUGUGCUGCUGACGUAGUGAAUACGUUAGAUCAACAGGCUCUUGCAUCCAUCCUCACUGCAUAUGGGGAAGAAAGACACGCCAGGAAAAUAGCUUCAGCCAUUGUGGAGGCACGCCGUGUCAACCCCAUCACCCAGACACAGCAGCUGGCCAGCGUGGUGGCAGGAUCCUUUCCUGCAGCUGUUGUCCAUGCACGUAAAGACCGGCUCCAAAGACCUGCACACGUGGCCACUAAGACUUUCCAAGCUCUGCGUAUCUUUGUGAACGAUGAGCUAAACGAACUCCAUGCGGGGCUGCGCGCCGCCCGCUCGGCGCUGACCCCCGGAGGACGUCUCUGCGUGAUCACCUUUCAUUCGCUAGAAGACAGGCUGGUAAAACGUUUCCUCCAAGGGGAGGACUUGUCUAAUCUAGAUCACUUCAGCCCGAGGAAGCAAGGCAAGAGGGACCUGGUGGAAGGAAAAAGAGAUGUUGGAAGCGUUGAUUGGCUUCCUCUGCGUAGAAAAGUGAUCAUCCCAAAAAGGGACGAUGUGAAAGACAAUCCUCGAGGACGCUCGGCCAAACUGAGGGCGGUGCUCAGACGUUAAUUAUGUGGCGACAAUUAAGACAGAAAAUCUGUAACUUUUUUACAAUUGUUACAAUAACUCCAAUUUGCUCGUCGUUACGCACAGAUUUUCACUAACGUGUUCCAGCAAAGACAAUUGGACUGGUGGGAUUCCACUAAGGGUUGCCGCUCUUGACCCCGCAUGGGUGGAUGGUUGGUCGGGCCGCUUCACAGUGGGAGGUCAAACCUGUGUAAGAAAACGAACGGAUUUCAACGCAAGGUGCCCGGUGUUUGCCGCACCCUGCGUCACAAACGUCUGCCUUAGUUAUUAGCGACAAAGACUCCUUUUGCUUAGAAAGGGGGACUUUUGGUGGAAAAGGUGUAAAUUGGUUACGGCUAAAAUAUACACAAACACACCGUGUAUUAGUUCUAAAAAAUGAGUAAGCUUUUUAUGUACUUUCUUUCUAUACGUGUUACUGCACCAGUCUGUCGUUCUCUCUUCUUGCCUUACCAAAACCCCUAAAGAGAGCCGGUCUGGUACCUGGUUGAUACCAGAAAAACCCAAAACACAUAUAAAUGUUGUCUUCUGGCGUCUAAAUUCAAAAAUGUAUUGAAGUUUUAUUUAUUUCACUUCAAGUUCGACAGAGCAUUGACGUUGUAUGACACUGCGUUUGGGCGAAGAAUUAAGAGUUAUUGAUGUGUGCUAUUUUAAUAAAUUGGAACGGCUUGCUUUGCCAAUAUUU